UAUCUCGACUUGCAUAACGCGUACCGCGCGCAGCACAACGCGACGCCGCUCGCGUGGUCCGACGACCUGCAGGCGACCGCACAGGAAUAUGCGAGCGACUGCACGUUCGCGAACCCCGGCGGCGCGCUCGGCGCGGUGGGCACGAACCUCGCGGCAGGCACAGGCGAUUUCUCCGCCGCCGCGGCGGUGGUGCUCUUCAUGAGCGACGAAGCCGAGUACAACACGACGCAGCCGACGUUCUCGCACUUCACGCAGGUCGUGUGGAAGGACUCGACCCAGCUGGGGUGUGCGUCAGCAGUCUGCGACCAGAUCUUCGACGAGCCGGCGACGUACCACGUGUGUUUGUACGACCCGGUGGGGAACGUCGUCGGGCAGGAGCUGUCAGUACAUUUCUGGCAUUGUUCUUCCAUGGUCGAUAGCUGA